CCAUUUUUCUUUUUUUUUCUUUCUGGUCUGAGGUUAGUAGUUAGUACUGUACUACUGUUAUUUUGUAUAGUCUAUAAUGUCAUACAGUGUACUAGCACUGUUGUUCUAUGGUACUAGUCAAAUUUAAUUUAAUUUGUCAUUGGUAUUAUGGUACAACUAGUGCGAGGCGGUAACUAAACUUACUAUAAAGUACCUAUAAACAGUUAAUUACAAAGCACGUGAUCGCGGUGCGAGAAGGACGCUAUUGACAAUAUUCUGUAGAAGAUAUAUUUAUUAUUAUUAGUUAUCACUAAAUGUUGGUAAUUAUUACACGUUUACUAUUUAGCAUUCAGCAUUUCAACACUCGGCUUAAUAAAUUGUAAAAAAACUUAUAAGAUUAGCGAAAUCAGAGAUACAGUGUGAAUGAGCAUAAUCAAAAAACACUCCACAAGAGGACAUAAUAUUCAGUAUGGAACCAUUAACGUCUAUUCAUGAUUCAGCAAUAAAUUCCAAAUAUGAUUAUUUAUUAGACAGUUCAAGAGUGUUGACAAUUCCACUUGUUAGAUGUGAUGAUCAAGUAUUUAAUAGACUUAAUAAACAAGAAAAUAUUGAUGAAACAGACCAUAUUGGACUUAUUAAACAAGAAAUUAUUGAUGAAACAGACCAUAAUAAUGGUGAUCAAUUUUCACUCAUUGGAACUAUAUGUAAAACUGAAAAAGAUGUAAACUCAACUGAUAUCGAAAUAAAAAUUGAAAAAGAUUUGAUUGAGAAUGAUACAUUUGAAGGAACAAUUUUUAAGAAUAAGCACUCUUCAGAACUCAUUACUCGGGUUGAAUUCGGACGAGAGUUCUAAUAUAAGAAAAAACUACUCAAGUGCAAUUUCGACAAGGCAUUUGAAGAUUAAUACCAAUAAAAGAGCAAAGGAAUUAUUCGGUAGUGACAUUUGUAAUAAAUCUUAUAAUAAAAAAUCGGAUUUGAAGAUACAC